GGGGUUUAACCCCCUGCACCACAGUGCUGGCCCUGGGAGUGUUUGUGUUUAAGAUAAGGCCACUUAGCAACCCCAGUUCCCGCAGAAAUGGGUGCAUUGUGUCCACCCAGAGGUGUGCACACAGACAUUGUGAGCCCAGCCACCCCGGGCGGCAGCUCCCAUUUGCCGUCCGUGGUGUAGCCAGCGGCAAAACCCACGUGGCCAUGGAAAGAGCUCGCUUCUGUCUCCAGCAACACAGAUAAAUCUCCCCAGAAUCUCCGUGAGCCAAAGAAAGCGGGCACAGAAGGGUGUGGAGGGUGAGGGUGCCUGGAGAGCGAGGCGGGGAGCAGGCGGUGACCUCCAGUGGUGGUGUCAGAGCGGGCUAUCCUCUGGGGAAAGGUGACCCUGGGAGGGCAGGAGGGCACUUCCCGGGGGGGCACGAGCCGAGCCGAGCUGGACGCGGAUGCUUCAAGAAGUUUGUGGAAAAUGGCGGGCGUUUGGCGCAGCAUAGGAUGCCGGUGCCCCGUGUCGGGGUCUGGGUCUGGGUUCUGGCUCCUCCGCCCUGGGGUCUGUCUGCUGCUGUUGCACCUGCGAGGCAGUGGCCGUGGCUCAAGGACCUGGGCUCCUGCUCCCCUGUGGGGGGGGGGCCUGGACGGAGUUCCUGCCUCCUGACGUCAUCCUGGCCCACACCUGGCUCCGGCGAGCUUUUAGGGAGUGCACGAGCAGAUGGAAGACCUGUCUCUCUCUCUCUCUGUCUAAUAAAAAUAAAUAAUUUAAAAAUUUGGUGGAAAAAUGGAAUUCAUUUAUUUUGGAGCAAAAAAAUGGAAACCUGUACAGUUUUCUCAUAGUACAUAUUUUCGGAGAACUUCAUGAAACUCUUCAGAAGUGUUUUUAUAAAUGCUUAUUUAUUCGAAAGGCAGAGAGCGAGCGAGUGAGAGCGAGCGAGAGAGAGCGAGCGAGAACUUCCCAUCCACUGGUUCCCUGCCCAGAGCCGCCUCCAGGUCUCCACGUGGGUGGCAGGGGCUGAGGUUCAUGAACCACCGAGUCCCCGCCCACAAGCGGUACCAGCCCACGGAGUACGAGCACGCAGCCAACUGUGCCACCCACGCCUUCUGGAUCGUCCCCAGCAUCCUUGGCAGCUCCAACCUCUACUUCUUGUCGGACGACGACUGGGAGACGCUCUCCGCCUGGAUCUACGGCCUGGGCCUCUGCGGCCUCUUCGUGGUGUCCACCGUGUUCCACACCGUCUCCUGGAAGAAGAGCCACCUCAGGACGGUGGAGCACUGUCUGCACAUGUCGGACCGCAUGGUCAUCUACUUCUUCAUAGCGGCCUCCUACGCGCCCUGGCUGAACCUCCGGGAGCUGGGCCCGUGGGCCUCCCACAUGCGCUGGCUGGUCUGGAUCAUGGCCUCUGUCGGCACGGUCUAUGUCUUCUUCUUCCACGAGCGGUACAAGCUUGUGGAGUUGCUGUGCUACGUCGUGAUGGGCUUUUUCCCCGCCCUGGUCAUCCUUUCGAUGCCCAACACUGAGGGCAUCUGGGAGCUGAUGACCGGCGGCGUCUUCUACUGCCUGGGCAUGGUGUUCUUCAAGAGUGACGGCAGGAUCCCCUUCGCCCACGCCAUCUGGCACCUCUUUGUGGCGCUCGGCGCCGGCACCCACUACUAUGCCAUCUGGAGGUACCUCUACCUGCCCAGCUCCCUGCAGACCAAGGUGUCCAAGUGAGGUGGCCCAGACGCCACAUGCCCUCGGGCUCCUGGAUGCCGCAGGCGUUCCGGAAACCCCAGCUGGAGGAGCUUGGUGCCUCGGCCUGACCGCCCCUCCGGGGGUGCAGGGCAGCGGGGUGGGGAGUGGGGGGUGUCUGGAUGGGGCCGCGUUCGCUUCUAGUGGCAGCCGGACUGCCCCUGGGGUCCCCAGGGAGAGGGUGGGCACUUAGUCGUUGCACAGAGGAGAGUAACCCUGUAACGCGUUUGUUUUAGACCAGUGUUUACUAACCACAACCAGCACCCACAUACUCAGAGAAGGGGGCAGGACGGGCCAAGAUGGGCUGCUCUCAGGGUCCCGGGGACCCUCGGUGGGGGGAGGAGGAGCCUGCUGGAGAAUCGUCCUCUGUUCCAGAAAGGUGAAUGUCCGCAACCUGGGCAGACAUCACCAAUCAAUCGCAGCCCAUGUGAGGCGCCGGGAUUCUUUGCAAUCCAGUGGUCUAGGCAGCCACUGGCGAUGCACUGGGCCCUGGUGAUGGACCCUCUGUGCCUCUCCCGGCUGGGGAGCCGUGAACAAGGGCAGGUGCAGCUGCCUUGGGGUUGGUUCUGGCACAUCCCAGGCCACAGCAGGGCUCCUCCACCUGCAGUCCCAUGCGUCCAAGCCGCCGCUCAGUCGUCGUCCACGCACAUCCCCCAAACCAGCGGCCUCUGAGCUGGAGGGGCUUUCGGGCUAGGUUUUGGGUUCCAUCCCCUGGGCACGCACGUGUAAGUGUGAGCGCUCACCAAGUGUCUCCCGCCAGCUGGGGUCAGGGUUGGGG